GCAAUUUUUAAAAAAAUAUUACAGAUAAGUAAACUAUACUUUUCCUUGGUCGCUGACUAUUAUACUGGGAAAAGAGAAGUUGAAUUCGUAACUGUACAUCUUGCAAAUUUCAAUGGAAUCCUCAUUUUCAAUGCCAUGGCGAAAGGCGAGUCCGAAUUUGAGCUAGCAGUAAAUUCCUAGGGGUAAAGCCAAUGUCAAGGUUGAAAACGGCAGUUGGUAUGAUCCGACAGAGUGCGCGGGAUGAUUCAAGAACUGAAUGGAGAAUGUACGGCUCUCUUAUGCAAUGGUGUGUUGAUACAAAAUCCAUGGCGGAGGGCCAUCGAAUCCGUGUACAUAUGAUUAAACAAGGCUUCAAACCCGACGUCUACUUAGAAACUAAAUUUCUCAUCUUGCACGUGAAAUGCAGACGUGUAGCAGAAGCACGCCAAUUGUUUGACAGAAUGUCUGAAAGGAAUGUGGUGUCAUGGAAUACAAUGAUCAGCGGGUAUGCCGAGCAGGGCGACGCAGUGGAAGCGCUUGCAAUUUUCGUGCAAAUGCAGCGAUACCAGAACCCAAAACCCGAUCCCUUCACAUUUGCCACGAUUCUCAAGGUUUGCGCCUUGGAAGAGCCAGAGAGCGAGGAAAAACACACCCAUAGACAUAUACACAUACAGCAGCUCCACGCUCAAGUUAUAAGACGGCUUUUCAAGCCAGACGUUGUUUUAUUAUCCACACUUAUUGAUGCCUACGCGAAAUCUGGUUGUAUGGACUAUGCGAGCAAAGUGUUUGACGAAAUGCCGCAACGGAGCGUAGUUUCGUGGACCGCGAUGAUUGGCGGGUAUGUGAAGUCUGGGAGAUUGGACGAGGCGCUGGAAUGUUUUUGGGCAAUGCCAGAGCGAGAUGUUGUGGCAUGGAAUGCUAUGAUGGAAGGGUAUGCCGAGGAAGGAGAGGGGGAGAAGGCCCUGGGCUUGUAUGUUAGCAUGCAAAGAGCUGGCUUUCCCCCUUCUCAUUCCACCUUUCCCUCUAUUGUCAAAGCAUGCUCCCAUCUUGCAGCCCUUGACCAAGCCCACCAGCUUCAUGCCCACCUCAUCAAACAUGUCGGUGACCUUCCCGUUCAGUUGGGCAGCGCCCUGGUCGACAUGUACGCCAAGUGCGGGUGCGUGGAGUCGGCCCGGCGGGUGUUUGAAGCCAUGCCGGCAGAUGAAAGAAAUGUUAUCUGCUGGACUACAAUGAUCGAUGCAUAUGGUCGACACGGCCGAGGUGUAGAGGCCACCCAAGUGUUUGACGAAAUGCAGCGUGCAGGCAGGGCACCCAAUGAUGUUACCUUCCUCAGCCUUCUGAAUGCUUGCAGCCACGCAGGCCUGGUGCAUGAAGGCUCCCGCUUCUUCCUCUCCAUUCCAUGCCUUCAUUCUCUCACACCUCAUCAACACCACUAUGCCUGUAUGGUUGACCUUCUCGGCCGAGCAGGGCAACUGGAGGCCACAUUCAACUUCAUCCUCAAAAUGCCUGUGCCUGCUGGCCCUCAUAUUUGGGCUGCCCUGCUCGCCGCCUGCCGAGUUCAUCACAACCUCCGAUUGGCAAACCUUGCAGCACAACGGCUUUUCAGUUCCAACGACAUGAAGCCCGGACGGUAUGUUGUUCUCUCCAACAUCUAUGCCUCUGCUGGAAUGUGGUACGAUGCGUCCAAUGUGAGAAGAGUAAUGAAAGAAAGGGGUGUGAGCAAGGAGCCUGGGUGUAGUUGGAUUGAUGUCGAUAAACAAGUUCAUGCUUUUCAUGUGGAGGAUCGCUCCCAUCCUCAAACACAGGAGAUCUAUGCAAUGCUGGAGAGAUUAUCUGCUCAGCUCAGUGAAGCAGGCUAUGUUCCCCAUACAAACUCUGUGCUAUAUGAUGUGGAUGAGGAAGAGAAACACCACAUUCUCCGCCACCAUAGUGAGAAGUUGGCCAUUGCUUUUGGGCUGAUUAGGACGCCUGCUACAAGACAUAUUUGUAUCAUGAAAAACCUUCGCAUCUGUGUUGACUGCCACAAUGCCAUCAACUUUAUCUCCAAGAUGGUUCCCCGAGAAAUUGUUGUAAGAGAUAUAAACAGAUUCCAUUAUUUUAAGAAUGGUGUGUGUUCUUGUGGCAAUUCUUGGUGACCUACAACAUGAAACUCGAGGUUUUCUUUUAUGUGUCAAUUCUUUGACAAAAAUAUCAAAUCAAUUGGGUAGGCUUGUAUGAUGGUUUAGACUUCAUAUAUAAGGGUGAAAAUUAUGUAUCUAUGUUUUUUU